UAAUUCAUACAGGGCGUGACUCUUAAGUGCAGGCACUCCUCAAAACUUUGUGAGGAAGUACGAAAGUGGCGUGAAGUUGUUUACAAGGCCUGCAGUUCUCAUAAUGGUCACUUUUGUGCGGCUUUAAGCACUUCACUUACAGCAGGUACAUUCUGCAGUUGGAAUAAGUUUGGCUAAACUCAGUGGCUGCAAACAUGGAUUACUUGACAACGUUCACGGGGAGGAGCGGACGUUUGCUGCGCGGAACAGCGAACAGACUGUGGUUCAGUGCUGGCGGCGGGCGAGAAGUUCAGUUUAAGGACCUUGUACCGCAGAGUGCCCCGGCUCCGGCAAAAACGGACAGUAAAGUGCGGAGCCCUGACACAGAUACCGGCCAGAAGAAGACCCCCGACCGAAGGGAUGGACGACGAAUGUCGUUUCAGAAACCCAAGGGAACGAUCGAAUACUCGGUUGAGCCAAAAGACUCUCUGAACAGCAUUUCUCUCAAGUUUGAUACAACACCAAAUGAACUGGUUCAGCUGAACAAACUUUUCUCCAGGGCAGUUGUUCCUGGCCAGGUGUUGUAUGUACCUGAUCCAGAAUACGUUUCUAGUGCUGAAAGCUCUCCCUCCCUUAGUCCUAUAAGCCCUUUAUCCCCGACAUCUUCAGAAGCUGAGUUUGAAAAGGUUACAGACUCUGAUGGGAUUCAGCGCAAGGAGGCAACUUCUUCUCCAGCUCACGUCUUACCCCGUCCUGCACGAGUGGUAUCCUCUACGUCUGAGGAGGAAGAAGCAUUUACUGAAAAGUUCCUGAAAAUAACAUGUAAAUACAUAACAGAUGGCAAGGGAGCAGUCAGUGGUGUGCUGCUGGUUACACCGAACAACAUUAUGUUUGAUCCUCAUAAGACGGAUCCUUUGGUGCAAGAACAUGGAUGUGAGGAGUAUGGCAUCAUGUGUCUGAUGGAAGAAGUGAUGUCAGCUGCCUUGUACAAAGACAUUGUGGAUCGCAAAAUGAGAGAAGCAUUGCCAUUAGACUUGGAGCACUUUCUGUCUUCAAGAGAUGUUCCCUGUUUUAAAAGAAUGCCAAGAAGUGCCACAGAUGAGCUAGACUCAAAAAUACGUGACACUGGGAAUGACAGCACGAGUACUGCACCCCGGAGCACCGAAGAAUCUUUAUCAGAAGAUGUAUUUACAGAAUCAGAACUCUCACCUAUACGGGAGGAGUUGGUGUCCUCAGACGAACUGCGACAAGAUAAAUCAUCUGGGGCAUCUUCAGAGUCCGUCCAGACUAUAAAUCAGACUGGUUCAGAAUGUUGCUUAGUAACUGUUUCUGGUGGGAUCAGCACUGGGGAAGAUGCAAAAAACAAUUUGGAUGAAUUGCCUGCCAGUGACAGUGGUUUUCAGAGCCAGCUGGUUCAUGAGGAAAAAUCUGAGAUGGAAUUAAAGCAGUGUUUUGAUACCUCUGAGACUGAGAUGGACACGUCAAAUAAGGCUGAUACAGAUGGAAAAGAACAACGUGAAGACAGCAUAGCACUAGACAGUAAAGAUGAACAGCCUACGCAUACAGACAGUUUGUCAAAGAAGCUUGAAGGGAAGGACGCUAAAAAAACAGAAUGUUACGAAGGUUCUGUAGAAACGUUAAACACUGAUAUGAAUAAUAAGGGCAGGCAAGUGAAAGAUUCCAACUCAGAGUUUGAAACUGAAGUGGAAGAGUUGAGGAAACUCUGGAAAAGUCAUGCUAUGCAGCAAACAAAACAGCAGCGAGAAAAUAUGCAGCAGAGUUCAUACAAAGAAGUGAAACACAAAGCAAAAACUGGAAAUGGAUAUGUGGAAGGUCCAGUUAUUAUUAAAGAGAAAAAAAGGCAUCGAUCUCACAAGUUUCUGUGUCUCAGAGUUGGAAAACCGAUGAGAAAAACAUUUGUGUCUCAGGCAAGUGCAUCCAUGCAGCAGUAUGCUCAGAGGGACAGGAAACAUGAGUACUGGUUUGCAGUUCCACAGGAGAGAACAGACCACCUGUAUGCAUUUUUUGUCCAGUGGAGCCCAGAAACAUAUGUAGAUGAUGCGACUGAGUCUAGUAAAGAACCAGGCUUCAUGAUAGUAAAGAAAAAUGAAGAAUCAGAAUUAAAUGAGGACACUACUAAUGAAGCAACUGCAAAGGAAUGGGAGGUAGUGUCAUUGGCUGAGUACCAUCGCAGGAUUGAUGCUCUAAAUACUGAAGAACUGCGCAUUCUCUGCAGACGUCUCAAGAUAACAACAAAAAGAGAGACAAAUGCAAAACAAGGUACAGAUAUCAAAGCUGAGGCUGAGCCUGAUUCAUUACGGCCUAAUCUUAGUGAACCAAGUGAACUUUUGCAAUAUGAUCAGGUAGAAAAGCUUGCAAAGCACCUCCCACCAAGGACAGUUGGGUACCCAUGGACACUCAUCUACAGCACUUCAAGACAUGGCAUGAGUAUAAAAACUCUGUACCGUUCAAUGGUGGAGCAAGAGACCCCAGUUUUAAUGGCAAUUAAAGACAGUGAUGGGCAGAUAUUUGGUGCACUGUCGUCUGAUCCUUUUAAAGUGAGUGAUGGUUUUUAUGGCACUGGAGAGACAUUCCUGUUUACAUUUUGUCCGGAGUUUGAGGUUUUUAAGUGGACGGGUGAUAAUAUGUUUUUUGUGAAAGGAGAUACAGACUCUCUAGCAUUUGGUGGUGGAGGGGGAGAGUUCGGUUUGUGGCUGGAUGGAGACCUUUACCAUGGAAGAAGUCAUGCUUGUAAAACAUUUGGCAAUCGUACUCUUUCCAAAAAGGAGGAUUUCUUUGUACAAGAUAUUGAAAUAUGGGCUUUUGAAUAAGAAAAUUGCACAGAUGUGAAGAAAAACUGUAGCACAGCAAGAUCCCAAACCUGGCCAUACCUUGGAUCAGCCAAAUUGGAACUUAAGAGCAAAUCAAUAGACCUGUUUUGCUGAUACCUUCCAUAUAUGCCAAAACUGCACACACAAUUAGUACAGGUACAGAAUUGGUCCGUGCUACUGUCAGUAUAAUGUUUGUCAGUAGAGCUACAGUCAACAGAAAAGCUGUACUGCAGAAUAAGCAUGAGAUCGGUGUUAGCCAGCUCUGUCCAGUUCUUCAUGGCUGAGCUUUAAAACAGGUUUUACUACAAUAAGGUAAUUUUAUUUUUGGCCUUUUGUUGCCACCAGAUUCUUUGUUGAGAUGCAGGAAAGUAUUUACAUGACACGUGUGAAGUCAGAAAAUGAACUAGGCAAUACAGUUCAGGAUAGCAGGCUCUGCAGGUUUGGGACUAAUGCUGCCAGCGUUGGGUUUAAUAGCAGAUGGGGCUUACAACACAUGGAAAGGGACAGACCUUUUGGGUUUAUUGACAGGUCAGGAAUUAGGCUUUUAGGAAAAAUGCUCUUGUUUUAGUUUCAAGCUGUCAUAUUGAAAUCAAGUAUAGCAGAGCUUCUGCUAUACAGAUAAAACUUUCCUUUAAGAAUCGUGCUAUUACUGUUGUGGUCCUCCUCCUGUUCUAGUAAACUAGUAUACCACUUCCAAGUGUACAGCUAGUUUCAGUUGAAUUAGACAUAUAACACACGUGUAUAUGUUCAUAUUUGUGUGAAUGUGUGUGUACAUGUGUAUGGGUGUAUGUCUAUAUAAACAUGCAUAUACAUACAAAUGUGUAUAUAUUUGUAGCACAUGUUUAGUCCCUGUCAUUAUCAGAAAUGCAGUGUAAAUCAUAUACUUGUUACAUUAUAGCUUUGAGGGCACAUCUGCUACUAAUAGCAUUUCUGGAUUUUUAUAACUGUACUGUAACAGGAAUAGGACUCGCAAGUAUCUCAAAUGACUGAAUGAACUUUUCUAAAAGUAGUGCCAGUCCUGAUGGCUACCAGCUUUGGCAAACAGAUCAUCAUUUUACAACAGAUUAUAAAAAGUAAGCUCAAAAGCUUUUUCUGACUUAAUUUUCAGGCUUUAUGAAGAAUUUCCUAAACAUAUAGCUUAAUUGCAAACACGCUCGUAUGGGAAUGUAUAGCACACGAGAAAGUCCAAAUCCACACUGUAACAUGCCCUUUAGCAAUGUAUCAGUCUAAUAGAAUGCAACACUGUUUAUGUUUUCUUGUUGGCACUCAUAAUGGGUUUUUUUUGUACUGAAAAAUGUUACUUUAUUGUACUCUGCGUUAUUACCUUAAGAUAAGACGGAGAGUAUUAAGUGGGCUAAACAUGUACUACAAAAUGCUAUGAUCAGUUGUCUGGUCAUAAACCCAAGAUUGUUUUAUUUCCUGAGGUGGUGCAUAAAAACCCUCUUUUUAGCCUUGUCACAUCUCAGAAGUGAAAUAAUCUCACAGACAAGGGGUCAUAAUCCCAGCUUAUUACGUAUAUAUUUAUAUAUAUAUAUAUAUAUAUAUUUAUAAAAAAAUAUAUAUAAAUGUUGAUGUUAUGUAAUGUAGAUAUAUGUAUUCUGUAAAGCUAGCAACAACUUGCAAGAGUUAGCAUACUGUAUGUAGAUGGUUAUAUAGCAGAUUUGUAGAAUAUGUAAAGUUACUGUUGUGACCUCAAAAUAAAAGAAAAAUCUGGGGUUAGUUAUAUAAAUAGCUUCUGUCAUCCUUGUGGGAAAAUAACUAUAUGCCAUUGAGGCAAUAAUAGCUUAAGCCGAUUUAAACUUCUAAGGCUUUUGUGUACUAUUAAACAUGGAAAUUAUUGUAUGCGUUACAAGGAAGUUUUGCUGUUAUGUGUGACAGUUCACGUUCUUUGCUGAAAUUUCAGCUGAUUUUUGUAUAUUACCUUGUAAAUAAAUGUUGCAAUGUAGUUUUGUUUUCUCAUCAAGAGUGUGGGUUGGUUGAUUGCUAAUAGCACUUUAAAUUCUAGAAAUAUUUAAUAAGGGACAGGUUGGUGAACUGAAAAAGAGUUGUGUAAUACAAUACUGUUUAGAUCUUUAAGAUAUUAAAGCAAAUAAUAUUGUCUGGAUAACGCUUGCUGCUACAGAUCUUUUAAAAAGGGCAGAUAUCCUGUGGUGUAGAUGAAUGUGAAAACAAUUACAGAAUAUAAUUUCCUUUGUCUUUAGCUGUAACUCUGUAACAGGUUUCUAAAUUUAGCGUUUACAGUUUGGGGAAUAACCUAUUGUAAAUACAUUAAAGUGGCUUUUUCCUCA